AGAAAGUAUCCCGAUCAGAGGCGCAAAUCGUUAAGUGUAACAUUCUGAUUUCUGCUGCUGCUGCUGCUCCUCCUCCUCCUUGCACCUUCCACCCUUCGAUACCACGUCUUCUCCUUCUCUACCUUUCUUCCCAUAGAAGAACCCAAUCCAAACCCCAACUUUGAACGAAUCCCAAUAAACUACCAAAGAGGUUUCAUUUUGGGUCAGAUCUAGCCCAGAAUCCGCCACUAUCCGCCGAGUGAAGUAGAGCGGCGAGCGGCGAGGAGGGACCAUGGCGUCGUUGCCAGAUGAGGAGGAGUCCUUCGAGCACACGCUGCUGGUGGUGCGCGAGGUGUCAGUCUUCAAGAUCCCGCCGCGCACCACCAGCGGCGGAUACAAGUGCGGCGAGUGGCUGCAGACGGACAAGAUCUGGACGGGCCGCCUCCGCGUGGUGUCGUGCGGCGACCGCUGCGAGAUCCGGCUCGAGGACCCGGGCUCCGGGGACCUCUUCGCCGCCUGCUUCGUGCUGCCCGGCCAGAGGGACAGCGCCGUCGAGACCGUGCUCGACUCGUCGCGCUACUUCGUGCUCCGCAUCGAGGACGGCAGGGGGAAGCAUGCCUUCGUCGGCCUCGGCUUUGGCGAGCGCAAUGAGGCCUUCGACUUCAACGUCGCCCUGUCGGAUCACGAGAAGUAUGUCAAGAGGGAGCAAGAUAAGGAGACCGGUGGUGAAGACGCAGAUGACAGCCAGAUUGAUAUCCACCCAGCGGUGAAUCGCCGGCUCAAGGAAGGUGAAACCAUUAGGAUAAACGUGAAAAACAAGCCAUCAACUGGAAGUGGCAUGCUUUCCUCUGCUGGUUUAUCCGGUGGGGCCACUGAAAAACCUAAAGCAAGCAUGCUCCUUGCACCACCGCCAGGUGCAACCGGGAAGCUUCGGUCUCCGCUCCCACCUCCACCUAACGACUCUGCAUCUGCAAGAAUGAAUUCUGGACACAACGCUGGAACCAGGAGCUCAAAAGAACCUACCAAGAAAAACAUCGACCCCUUUUCAGAUAUUUCUGCUAUAGAGCGAAGCCUGCCCUCAUCGGCUGAGCUAGGACAAACAAAAAGCACCGGUGCCGGAUGGGCAGCAUUUUGACAAUGGAAGGACAUCUGUUGUGUCACGUAAAAAAGACAACGAAAACCGUGUGACUGAAAAAGUACACAGAAUUUCUACUCACGGGAGCCUGUACCCUAUGAAAUCACAUGGUGAAAAAUGAUGAUCUGCAUCCACUUGGUACUUGAAAAAUAAACAUUUGUGGAGGUGAUGUUAUCUAUCAAGGCAUCAACCCGCAUGGAUUCAAGGAGCUCCAAAAGUCUGAAUAUUUUCCUGAAUAGGAGUGUGAGUUUCCUUGUUUGUCGAAUUUGUGUUUGCCAGAUCUCAUAUACUGAUACAAGAAUCAUACUGACCUCCACUUGUAUUCUGCCCUGAAAGAUUCGAGAGUACUGUUUAUGCGAAAAGCUUGUUUUAUUCGAUCAUUUGUGAAGAUUCGUUUGAAAA